AUGGAAAUGGUGAACAAGUUGCAGAAAGCCGGAAGCCUAGAGCCCAGGAUUGACGUCCUGAUUAACCGGAUUAAUGAGGUUCAGCAAGCAAAAAAGAAAGCCAGUGAGGAGCUAGGAGAGGCCCGGACUGUCUGGGAGACCCUGCAGAAGGAACUGGACUCAUUGAGUGGAGAGAAAGUACGCCUGAAAGAGAUCUUGAGCAAAAAGCAAGAGACCCUGAGGAUCCUCCGGCUCCACUGCCAGGAGAAGGAAAGUGAGACACAGAGGAAGCAUACCAUGCUGCAGGAGUGCAAGGAGAGAAUUUCUGCCCUGAACUCCCAGAUUGAGCAGGAAAAGAACAAACAGAGGCAGUUGAGGUUGGAUUUUGAGGAGCAACUGGAGGAUCUGAUGGGCCAGCAUAAGGACCUGUGGGAAUUCCACAAGCCAGAGCAGCUGGCCCUGGAGAUUGGCGCCCUGGACAGCAGCAAGGAGCAGCUGCUCAAGGAAGAAAAGCUGGUGGAGGCAAAGCUGGAGGAUGUGAAGCAUCGUCUGUGCUCCCAGUUUGGAGCAAAGGGCUGCUCAGCAAUCACUGAGGGGCUCUUCCUGCGCAGCGAGGAAGCAGCAGCUGUGGUGCAUCUGUUUGAGGAGGAGAACGAGAAGGCCCAGGAGUUCCUGGAGGCUGCUGCCAGGCGCCAGGAGCAGCUGCAGCAGAAGUGCCAGCAGCUGCAGCAGAAGAGGCAGAGGCUGAAGGAGGAGCUGGAAAAGCUUGGAGUGCAGGUCCCUGCUCAAGGCCAGAACAAGCAAGAGGAAGGGGCUGGCCCAGGAGAAGCUGUGACCCCUUGGAGUCAGUGA